AUGCUGAAAAUUCCACAGGCACAGUUGGAGCGAGUCCGUGAUGAGCUAACCCUGCAGAACCUGACCCUCAAGUCCCAGCUGAGUGACAUGCGGAUCAGACUAAGUGAGAUCCCUGCAAGUCCACCAGACAGUGGGAUUGACCCAGAUGCUUCCGGAACUUCGUCUUCUUCCUCAACUUCUUCGAUCCCCAUCAGCCCACGCCCUGUUUCCAGCACCAACAAUAGCAAGGCUAAGCGUUAUGCGACUUACAAAAAGGCACAGUUGGAGCGAGUCCGUGAUGAGCUAACCCUGCAGAACCUGACCCUCAAGUCCCAGCUGAGUGACAUGCGGAUCAGACUAAGUGAGAUCCCUGCAAGUCCACCAGACAGUGGGAUUGACCCAGAUGCUUCCGGAACUUCGUCUUCUUCCUCAACUUCUUCGAUCCCCAUCAGCCCACGCCCUGUUUCCAGCACCAACAAUAGCAAGGCUAAGCGUUAUGCGACUUACAAAAAGCAGGAAUCAAUUUUUUCCGGAGAUCUGAAGAACAUGCGACUCCUGAUAGCCAGUUCAAAAAGGAACGAAUCCGAGCUGAAGAAGCGCAUUCACGAGUACCACAAUGAGGUGCAGGAUUUGAAGGGCAAAAUAAGGGUUUUUUGCCGAGUGAAACCCCUGCAACCUGCAAUGGGCGAUGGACGGGCAGUUGUCAUGUGUAGGGACUUACAAAGCCUGUCUGUGGCAGCGUCCAAUGAUGGAAGUCGACGUUCAUUCAGCUUUGAUCGGGUUUUUGGGCCAAAUGAUGGACAGGACACAGUUUUCUGCGAUGUACGAGGUCUCAUUCAAUCUGCUGUGGAUGGCUACAAUGUCUGCAUUUGCGCCUAUGGACAAACAGGGUCUGGGAAGACUCACACAAUGCUUGGGGAUGAUGCAAAUCCAGGCAUUGCCCCACGUGCUUUUGACGAGCUUUUCAGGUUGAUACGAUCAAGCACAGACCGCUGGCAUUGCUCGGUGUCAGCUGUGAUGCUUGAGUUGUACCAGGACCGAUUAAUUGACCUUCUACGACCAUCAGUGCUGGGUAAGAUUAAUGAUGGAAGUCGACGUUCAUUCAGCUUUGAUCGGGUUUUUGGGCCAAAUGAUGGACAGGACACAGUUUUCUGCGAUGUACGAGGUCUCAUUCAAUCUGCUGUGGAUGGCUACAAUGUCUGCAUUUGUGCCUAUGGACAAACAGGGUCUGGGAAGACUCACACAAUGCUUGGGGAUGAUGCAAAUCCAGGCAUUGCCCCACGGUCAGACUCAUCUGUGCCACGGCUUGAAAUAAAACGAGAUGCUGGAGGACUUGUGCAUGUGGCAGGGGCCUGUGUUCAACCUGUGGCAUCCGCAACUGAACUGCGCCAGCUGUUCCAUGAAGGUGCCAAGGGGAGACAUCGUGGUACCACACGUAUGAAUGUAGACAGCUCCAGGUCCCACCUUGUCUUGAGUUUGCUGGUUGAAACCCGUUCUAGAUUGUCUGGCGCUACCCUCCGUGGCAAGUUGAGCCUGAUUGACCUGGCAGGCAGUGAGAGAGUGAGCAAAAGUGGCGCAAUUUCCUGUGGCACACUGCUCAAGGAAGCAGCAUCCAUCAACCGCAGCCUGUUUGCCCUUGGUGAUGUUAUUGCAGCCCUUGUUGCUGAUGCACCGCAUAUCCCGUACAGGAACAGCAAGCUUACCAGUCUCAUGCAGGACUGUCUUGGGGGGCGGGCUAAAACACUCAUGAUCAUCAAUGUGUCUGCAGCUGCGUGCAACCUGGAUGAGACCAUCAGCUCUCUCAUUUUGAUGAGGUUGACAGUUCAGAGGGGGUUGGUGGUUGAUCUCAAGAGAGCUGAAAAAAUAUGA